AUGAACGUGAGCUCGCCAGCGACGGGUACAGCACCACCGCUUGUGAAUAGAGACGAUAUGAAGAAGCUAGCUCUACACGCACCCGAUACAGCAGUAAGACAAGCUGGAGAUGCAAGAUCGGUUACUGACAGCGGCCAUAAAUCCAAGGUCGAUGAAACAAUUUUGAAAGAUGUAGAGCGCCUUCUGAAAUUACACUAUCUUCGUUCCCGCAGCUACAACUCAGCUAUGGAAAUCUUGUACGGACGUAAUACGACUUCAGACUUGGAACUAUAUUUUGACUUAUCGGGGCACGCCAACAUAACCCAGACUGGGCUUGAGAACUUGUUAUCGAAGCUCAAGUUUGAAGACAUUCUCCAAUACGUCGCUAUUCCGAAACUCAGUGUAGAGGUGAAUGUAAAUGCAGCAAAUAGCAAGCGAGCUCGAGGAUCUGGGCGUUCAUCAAAACAAGAUGGAGAUGGUCGGAGAGACUUGUGCUACAUCUUCGAUCGAUUGAGAAAGAAAGGUGUUAAGACCGUUCUCAAAGUCAUCAUUGACGACUCAACGAUGCCUGCUCACAGCGAUGAGGCCAUUGAGGACGCAUUGAAGUUUAUGGACGUGGAAAUUUGGGAUUGGAAGAGGACGGACUUGUGCUCUGAAGUCAUUUACAGGGUGGCAUCUAAAGCACGUGAAGUCCAUUUAUAUUGGAGCGGCAAUAAUGCAGUCCUUAGAGGAUGGAGCGAAGAGGGCGGCUUGAAGAGACUAAGUCAACUGAAAACAGUUCAUCUGCAUAUCCAACAGGACUUCCGACGACUACUCUUCGAUGCCGAACGCUACUACGAGCGAGGAAAAGUUGAGGAGACUAUUGAAGAGCCAAUUAAAAUUGCUCUUAUUGAUGACGGCGUAGACGUUAAAGAUCUCGAGUUUAGCUUCAUUGGAGGCCGGACGUUCUGUAAGCGAGACGAGGAGCAUAAUCUUAACGACCCUUACUAUGUGUCUAGUACAGGACACGGAACCAUCAUGGCGAAGCAAAUUCACUUGCUGUGUCCUCGCGCACAGUUUUAUGUUUUAAGGUUGGAGGACCAUGCUUCAGAAGAGGGCGGUCGACAGAUAACGGCCAAGAGUGCCGCGCAAGCAAUUAUGGCGGCCGUGAGAAAGAAGGUUCAUAUCAUUUCGAUGUCUUGGACUAUCGAUCCUCCUGAAGAUGAGGAAGAGAGGCGGCUCCUUGACUUCGCCAUAGGAACGGCGGCGAACGAAAAUAUUCUCCUUUUCUGUUCGGCGAGCGACAAGGGAGCCAAGAGCAGUGAAACCUAUCCCUCCAAAGCAACUAAAAAGAUAUUCACCAUUGGAGCGGCGACAUCAUCGGGCAUGGCCGAUCCUUGGGUCGGCAAUCUUGGAAACAUCAACUUUACAUUCCCAGGCACUAAAGUCGAGAUGGAUGGGCUGCGAACUGAUGAUUCUUCGUCGAGAGAGGUCAGUGGCUCGUCCAUUGCAACGGCUUUGGCCGCUGGUCUUGCAGGCCUGGUGUUGUAUUGCGUUCAGGUACGGCUGUUGCUGGCGACCGACCAUGAAAAGCAAAAGGCGCGGCGGGAUUUCCAGCUUUUGAAACAGCAUGAUUAUAUGAUGAAAGCUCUCAAGGAUAUUGGUACCACGGAGGAGAGUAAUCACAAGUUUAUCGAGGUAUGGGAGGUAUUUGGAAAGAAGGUCGAAGAGAAGGAGAGAUAUGACCAAGAGAGGUGGCUCGAUUUGAUCGCCGAAGUAGGUAUGAUUCUAUGCAGAAAGAUUAGUUAG